GACUUGGGGGACCGGGAAAGCAUGUAGGCAUUGUCGGCCUUGGUGGUCUUGGUCAUGUGGGUGUUAAAUUUGCCAAGGCUUUGGGAAGCAAGGUGACUGUAAUCAGCACCUCUCCUAGCAAGACGAAUGAAGCUUUGGAACACCUGGGUGCAGACUCAUUCUUGGUCAGUCAUGAUCAGGAACAAAUGGAGGCUGCAAUGAGUACCAUGGAUGGAAUCAUAGACACAGUCUCUGCUGUUCAUCCCAUUUUGCCACUAAUUGGUCUCUUGAAGCCCCAUGGGAAACUAGUUAUGGUGGGUGCACCUGACAAGCCACUUGAGCUACCUGUGUUUCCAAUGCUGCUGGGAAGGAAGGCAGUGAUUGGAAGCAACGCUGGAGGGCUGAAGGAGACACAGGAGAUGAUAGAUUUUGCAGCAAAACAUAAUAUUACAGCAGACAUUGAGCUUAUCUCCAUGGACUACGUGAACACUGCUAUGGAACGACUUGAAAAAGGUGAUGUCAGAUACCGAUUUGUCAUUGACAUUGGGAACACCUUGGCUGCAACAAAGUCUUGAACCUCAUUUGGUGUCUCCUGCAUCAUCAUACAAAGGACUUGAACUUCAUUUUGGUUUGCUGAAACAGAAAUAUUAGCAUAAUAAUAAAGCAUAUCUCUUGCUAUUCCUGAGAUAAUUACCCAUCAGCCAUUCAACACAUUAGCAAUUCGGUGAAGUCUCUCAUAGAAAGAGAAGACUCAGAUUCAAGAGACAACUUCUCAGCUGAGCUUUAUUACGAACACCUAGUGUGCAUAAAAAUACAUCUAAAAA